AUGCAAUUCUUCACCAAGACCGCCAUCUCCGCCGCCGCCCUCACCGCCCUGGUCCAGCUGUCCCCGGCUCCCAUUGUCAUCGCCAUCCCUAUCGCUCUGGACGUCGGCCUCGGCACCGCGGCCGCCUGUGUCAGCGCCGCAGCCUCCGUGGCCGGCACUGUCGCCGGCGCCGUCAAGCGCGACAACGUCGGCAUCCCCCAGCACCCCCACCAGAUCCGCUCUGCCAUCGAGUCCCGCCAGGAGAUGAACCAGGCCGCGUGGCAGAGCUGCAAGGACCAGCUCGGUGGUGCCAACCUCAACUUCAGCGCCGACUCCCCCGGCAACGUCCUCGUCACUGGAAUCCCUUCGUCUUGCAUGACGCUGCUGAACGUCCUCACUGGUGACUACAAUGCCGGCAACCCUCUCCCCAUGGGCAGCGACUCGGCCCUGUUCCGCGACCUGACCAACGACGACAUCAACAACCUCCAGAACGCUCUCAGCGCUUAA